UGUUACCAACCUGGGGUCCAGGGUUUCUGGUAUUGGUCUUUGGCAUAAAAAUGUUUGGGAACCUCUGUCGUACAGGAAUGCUGCAGACCGGCACAUUCCAGACUACAGGGACACCAGUGGAACUAUCGUGUCCCUCUACUGCUCGACUGGGAGAGGCCGUGUUGGCUGAGGAAGCCUCUCAAUUAUUGUACACCACCCCAGGGGGCACAUGAGCGACAACAGACAACAGAAUACCCCAUAGACAACGAAGGUAAAUUCAUUGGGUAAAGAUAUUGGCACGUUUUAUCAUUCUGAAUAUUUUAUUUAAAUCUUAUUUUGAUGCAAAAAAAAGUAUCAACAUCUGAUCUGUAUUCAGAGUGAAGGAGACCAGGCCUUCUAUUGGAAACGGGACAGACAUGGGUCAAGUCAUUAAGGUUUUCUCACGAAGGGCUGUUGAAAUCAGGACCUUGCCGAAAAAUUAACAUUUUCCACCCUGUGACGUAAAAUGUCCAGUCCUGUGCUUUUUCCUGCAACCACAGGUCGGUCAUCACCACUGAAACUCUCUCCUCACAGCACAAUAUUUUCUCCACAUCCCCAGUUUAAUGGCAUGUUUUCACUGUUUACUUAUCCACCGUUUUACACUCCACUCUGACUCUCUUAGACCUGGAGAAAGAUACAAAAAAACGAGCUGCUGGAGGAGCUCAGCGGGUCGGGCAGCAUCUGUGGAGGGAAAUGGACAAUCGACAUUUCGGGUUGAGACAGUUCAGAUGAAGGAUCUCGAUCCGGAAAGGUCCUUCCGAUCGGAGCGAUGGGGCCUUUGGACAGUCAGCUAACGUUUUUUGUUGCUCUACGUGUUUACGAGAUGGGGUUGCUGGGCAUAUGGCCAACUCACCUACGCUUGUCGCCGGGCUUAGACAGUCCAUUAGGCGUUUCCUUACCUUUUCUCUGUUUAAUUUAUUUUUGAUCCCACACUAACAUUCAAAUAGCCAUGAACACAUCCAACAGCAGAAUGUUCAUUCCCUGAGACUGCAGCGCGCGUAGUGGACAAUCCCGGUACUGCAGGGGUCAUUCCCCGGGUCUACAGCGCGCGUAGUGGACAAUCGCGGUACUGCAGGGGAUCUGCAGCUCCCGGAAGUGAAAGUAUUCUGAAUCAGGAAGUGCUGGGAGUUAACAUGGCUUCGAAAGGACCGGUCGAGAGUUUAACAGAGGAGGCGAUUUGUCCCAUCUGCCUGGAUUUCUUCACCGAUCCGGUUAUACUGGAGUGUGGACACAACUUCUGUCGCUCUUGUAUCACACGGUAUUGGGAAAGGGAGCAGAGAAACUCCUGCCCGGAAUGUAGAGAGGUGUUUGCUGACCGUACCCUCAGGGUGAAUCGGGCCUUAGCAAAUCUGGCUGAAAAAGCUCGAAAUCUAAACCUGAAUCGGAAAGGGAAGGAAAGUGAACGUCACUGCGAGGAACAUGAGGAAGAACUGAAGCUGUUUUGCGAAACGGACAAGACACUGAUCUGUCUGAUCUGUAGAGACGCGCAGGAACACCGAGAGCACCGCUUCAAGCCGAUUAAAGAAGCUGUUAAAAUCUACAAGGAUCAGCUAAAAUCUUCCUUAGACUCUCUCACAAAAAAGAAAUCAGACUUCCAGGAAAAGGAGCAGCAACAGAAAGAGAAGAUUUCCGGAGUUCGGAAACAGUCACACAGCAAUCAGACCCACAUCACAUCCCAGUUUGCUGAACUGCGACAGAUUAUCACUGAGAAAGAGCAGAGCUUACUCAGGGAUCUCAGGGAAGAAGAGAAGAGGAUUCUCAAACCAAUGGAGAAAAAUCUUCUGGCUCUUCAAGAGAAUAUAAGGAUUAUUCAGGAGGAAAUCACUAAGUUAAAGGAACAGAUGGAUCAAAAAGACAGUGUGAUGUUUCUCAAGAAGGAAGCUCAUCGGAACAGGAGAAUCAGUGACAAUGUCCAGGAAUUGUCAGUGACAGAUGAGGCCCUACCGGUUGAAAAAUUCGAUCGCUUCUAUUUGUUGAACACAGUGCUGAGUGAAACACUUGAUGCCAUUAACCGAGUUUCGGAGAAUGAGAGGAGAUCUCAUGGAAACACAAAAUUCUUUCAGGGGUCAACAGGCAGGAGUGAGGGAGGAUGUUUCCCCUGUCCAGCGGAAAACCCUUGUGGAGACAUCUGCUUUUGUCAAAUCAAAGGUUCGUGUCGGCCACCCGACAGCGCCUGA